GACGAACGUGACAACAUUAUGAGGGCAAAUGCCGUCAUCAAGUAAUUCUGCUUUCACCAUGCUAUCUACGUAUUCCUCCGAUGGCGCCUCUCAUUGCCCAAUUCAAACUUUAAAAUAAUCGAAACUGAAGAACGAUGCAUCACGGAUUAAAAUAAAUUUAUGGCUUGAAAUUCUGAGCGUGUACUAAUGUCCUGGCGUGUCUUACUACACCGUAAAAGUGUGUGGACGACCAUAAUGAGAAUCAGCCAAGUGAAAAAAAAAAAAAAUAAUAAUAAUGGUGGGCUACAAAACACGGAAAAACUCCGUCUAGCUACGUGUGUUACGCUUACAAAUUAACAUGCCCUAUCGUGCAUUCAGGCUCACCGCCUCUGUAAAGUGCAGGGCUCAGUGUAUAGUGCCCUCAUUUGUCAGUGUAUUGAGAUUGACCUGGACGUCAGCAACGUCAGAAAAAAUCUCGCCAUGGAAUCUACCAAAUUCUUGACUUUGUUUUCUUUAGCAAGCAUUUCAUUUCUUGUAACAACCCCCGAGGUCUUAUGUGAUAAAAGCUUUGAUAGCCCAUCCGAGACGACAGAAUCUUUCUCUGGGAGCGGUGACUUUGAUACGAGCAUCGUCGAGUCUUUAGUCGAAAUUGGAGAGAACGAAACGGCGAGCGCGAAUCAAACGAGAGAUGAUUUGGUGAAAAACCUGACGAGCGUGGGAGAUGAAAUUGAAAAAUCCGUAACUGCAGGCAAUCAAGAACAAACCCUGGCUCUCCUGACCGACUUCAAACAUGUGUGGUUUCAGCUGGUCAACAAAUCAAGUGGCUGGUACGGAGUUGAGCCGCAAGAUUUGAGAAUUUACGCAGCUAAAAUCCUGUUCCUUGCAAAGGAUCGACUUUGCGAGUCUCCAGAUCAAACUUACUUUAACGACCAAUGUAUUCUCAUUGGCGAUACCGAGCACUGCCCAGAAAACAUGGAACUCAACGACGGACCCAAGAACGAAGGCUUUUGCGACUGCCUAAACAUCGAAGGUCAAGCGCUCUUUUAUUCGGAUGAAACCGGCAGUUGCCAUGUUCAAAACACGCGGGGCCCCUGCAGAGAAGGUCAGUGGUUCGUGUUCAGAAAGGCACUGCAGUGCGAACCGGUUCCUGACGGAUGUCCAGCUGACGGACAGCACGUUUACUGGAGCCCGGAUGAUUCGGCGUCCAAAAAGUGUUGGGAAAUCGGGUGCCAGGGACCUUGCUCCCUGGAUCAAAUUUUACACCUGGAGCAAAUUACGGAUGACUUGAAUAUUUAUUGCAGGACUCUGUCGGUCUUUGCAGUUGGUCCAGCCUCCCUUGCGUAUUCCCCUUCCUGUCGAGUAGGUACAUUGCGCAAUCGUUUAGGGAAAUGUAUCCGUGGAUUUUGGGGGUAAUAACCAAUGGCAAUUGGUCUAAAUGAUGAAAUAUUAAAGAGAGACGUUCCAUAUAAUAAACGUACAUGUUAUUCACGCGUCUCUGUCUUAUUUGACAUGCUUUAAUGGUAAUCGUAAAAGUGAUUUCUGUUCAAAAUUAAAAGAGCGUUCCUUAAUGUAUGAGCCCAUAUCAAGAUUCGUACGUGAGAGAUGGCGCAUUGCCAAGUAGCGAAGGAAAAUUUUGAAGUAAAAUUUGGCAAAAUUAUCUGGUGCGCUUGAAAAGAAGAAAAAAGUGACGCUA